AUGGCCUCCCAAAACUCUUCACAAGUCGUCAACACUGCCGCGCCUAACGAGCGCGUGCUUCUCGCAAACGAGCGCGUUACCGGACCUGCCGCAGCCGAGCUUAUACUUCGCUCUGGAAUCCAAACAUACGAAGCCGGCGACUACUGGUCUAUCCAUUUGCUCGACAAUGCAACAGGCGGCGGCAUUCUACUGGAAAAGGUAUUCGACCUUGCCGCGGAGAAACCGUUCGCUUCGCCACUGAAGGUCAUAGCAGCAGGCGACAUCAAUGAGGAGAUGCUCGAUUUCGUACGACGCAAGCGAGACACCGCUGUACAAUCGUUGGGACCUACUGCUCAGUACUGGAAAGUGGUAGACGUACGCAAGGUUGAUCAGACAUUCCUGCAGUCCGAAUUCCCGCAAGUCUACUUCACGCACAUUUUCAACAACUUUGGCAUCUUCUUCAGUCCAGAUAGUGACGCUGCUCUCGACUCUACAUAUCAGACGUUGACACAAGGCGGAGUAGCCGGGUUCACAACCUGGAAAUCCAUCGCUUGGUGGCACUCUAUUGCUGAGCCGGCAUUGGCGAAUUACAUCCCCGAGGCUCCGACACUGCAAACACCCGACAAACUGUUCCCGUCAAGAGGGUGGUCAGAUCCGGAGGCAGUCAAGGCCAUGCUCGAAAAGGCUGGCUUCUGUGAGGUGGACGUGACUGAGUUCGGCUUCACGCCGGAGAUCGAGCCUGAAGAUUUCACCGAAGCCAUGGCGGUCUUGGUCCAGGUUGUGGCGAAGAAGGGGUGGUCGGAGCAAGUAUUCGAGAGGUAUGCGGAUCAGAUCGGGCCGGCAUUGCUGAAGUAUAUGCAGGCUAGCUUUCCGAAUGGAAGGUGGGACGGGAAGAUGACCGCGAUCCUCGCAAUCGGCAGGAAAGUAUAG